AUGCCGGACGACGAAGAGCAGGUGAUUCUUCAAGCUCUAAAUGAGGGCAACUUCAACGCACAUUGGCGUGGACACACCAGGUAUGACUGCCAAUGCGGUUACCGGUUUAUCGUCGCAGAUUGCGGGCAAGCUGUGCAGGAAAGCACGUGCCCUCAAUGCCGACGUCGCAUAGGUGGCUAUGAGUACGCCCGGCAUGGUAACAGGCGAGUCGAUGCAAAACCAAUUGUCAACGCAGCAAGCCUGCAGUCCAAGUCAGGAUACUUUCUGCAUGGUGCCUCUCGUGAACGACGCCUCUCCGUUCGGAAGAUCUCGCCCCUGUCCUUUCGAGCACUGCACUUCUUGCUCCACUCGGCGUUCCUUGCCAAGCUCAUGGAGACUUCGGCUGGUGCUGUGCAGAAUAUCAUGAGCAUUCUGGAGCACAUCAGGGCCGACUGGGAUGUUCUGUCGCAAAUUCUUGGAGCCCCUCCCGCCGGGCUUCUGAUGGACAUUGCAGGCAAGCUGAUGUUUGCUUCUCGUUCCACAGCGCAGCCCGCGCUGACGGAAAGCGAGAGACCAGAAUGGGAACGGCGCUUUGCCGAGAUGAUCAUCGAGCCUUGCAUGGACUCCGUGCAGAGGGCCGAGUUUGAUGCGCAGCUGAGUUGGGACAAGGUGGCUGGCCACGCAGAGGAGACCCUGCCACUGCUGUUGCUCGACCGCCUUCCCCCGCCCAGCUCGCGCCCGGCAAGAGGGGCCGAGGAUGCACGAGGCACCAUGCCGGAAACGACCCAGGCACACCGACUGGCUCCACGUGGCUGCAGGUGCCUGGAACUGGGCGCAGGGAAUUUCAGCUUCGCGCUGAGCCUGGCUCGGGCGCGGGGGGCAGAAGGACUCACCGCCACGACCCUCGAGGCUAUGGACGUGGUCCAAGCGCGCUACAGCAGGUUGGACGACAGGAUCGUCACAGAGAUUGCAGAGUUGGAGGCUCUGGGAGUUCGGCUGAUGGCUGGUGUCGACGGCACGAUGCUGCAACGUUUUGUGGGCGUGGAGCAGUUCGACGUCGUCGUCUUCAACUUCCCGCAUGCCGGAACCUUCAAUGAUAGUGCGUCCAAGAUCACAUGCUCAGAUCACGGUGCCCUUCUCGAUGGACUGUUUGGAAGUGUGAGGUCUGCUUUGGCAGCCAACGGAUGCUUCUGCCUGGCACUAUUGAAGAGCCAAUUUGCCCGAUGGCAGGUCCAGCAGCGCGCCAGCAAUCAGGGCUACCGCUUGGUCAGCCAUGAGAUGUUUGAUCGCACCAGCUUCUCAGAGUACAGGCCUGUGUGGGGAGAUGACCGAGAUUUUACCAGAGCCAGCCAGCCUUGGCAGAUCUACUCUGGAGAGGAGCCAAGGAUCUACCGGUUCCAGCUGAAGCAGAGGUCAGCACCAACAAGCACCGCAAAUCCGACAGGUAUUGGCAAGUCGAAGCCAGUCGAGGCUGCACUUGAAGCAGUCAUUGGCACCGUGUGUGAUGAGGCCCCGCUUUUCUGCCAUCGCAUGCUGCGCCUUGUGGACAAGCCCUCGCUGCCGAAGAUGGAGAGGGAGUUCCAGUCGAAGCUGGCCUUACGCGAGCGGUACCCUUUGCUGAGCGCUUGGUUGCAAGCUCGCCAGGACCUUGAGCUCACACGCCACUUGGCGGUGGUGCUGGAUUGGGUCCGUUUCGUCCAGCACCACUUCGCCUUCAAGGUGGCCAGGGACGAGUCUCGCAUGACGGUCUAUCAGGCCCUGCAGAAGCUGGAGAAUCAGAGCAACGAGUUCGGCCAGAUGCCACCACAAGCGUCGCAAGUCACCGCCGCAGGCCGGGGUCGGCAGCUCUUCGACAGGUUCUGCGCAGCCUGGGCAGAGUGCCGGGGGUGCAGAAAGCUGCCGCCCGUGGGCCCAAUGUCGCACUCAAGUUCUCUCAGCCUGAGUUGCGUGGACGAGACGACGGAGGAGGGCUCCUACGUCCUUGCCUUGGUCGAGGACCUGGCCGGCCGGCAGAACGCCUUCGUCGAGGCCUGCCUGGAGAUUGCCAGCAGGAGGGAGGGUCCCAGCGCGCAGCGGGUGCGGAGCGUCACGGAGUAUUGGUUUCACCAGGGCCGCGUCUCUCUGCCCUCUGUGAAGAUGCAGGACCUCCAGCCCAUGCAUCUCGUCCACCUCGACCAUCGCAGCUCGCUUCCGGAGGAGGGCUGGUUCCAAGUUGCCGGCAGCGCCGGAGCGCUGGCCGCCUGGGAGACGUCCGGCCUCUCCUCCGCCGACAUCGAGCGGCCGGAUCUGCUGGUAGCCGGUUCCACCUGCAUCUUCGACUGGGAGCUCUUGGAGCAGCAGCUCGCGGAGAAGGUCUUGCAGAAGGCCGUCCAUCUGGAUACUGACACCUCCAUGGACCAGUUCCCCUUCUCUGGCGAAGCUUUCCUUCAUCGCUACACCUUCCUGGAGGAGGCCUGCUCCUUCGUGGCGCAGGAGCCGAGCCCUGAUGGGCCCCGGCAGUUCUUGCUCGACUCAGGUUCCUUACAGGCGGCGCUGGCGGCCGUCCGCCGGCUGAAGCCGCAGCCGGAGCUGCCGGUCUCCGACUUCUGCCUCCGCUGGUUCCACGAGUCCCAUCUCCAGCACUUGACCAGCCAAGAGCAGUGCAAGGGACUGCAGGUGAAGCAUCUUGUCCACUUGUUCGAGGUCGCGGAACUCCAUGCCUCCGAUGAGGCAUUGCAGCAGCACCUGCUUUCCAAGGCUUACUGUGCUGAGCUGCCGGCCUCACUUGCGCAUAUGAACCGCUGGGGCGGAGACGCCGCUGUCGUGGUGCUGGACACGCUGCGGCGUGUGGUGAUGCGCUUUCUCCUACAUGGCCGAGCCUGGCCCCCCGAAGACGACGUGAGCUACUUUCUCGAGUCCGCCAUGAGGAAGAUACCUGAACUUGACGUUCAGUCCGUGUCCGGCUUCUUCGAUGGCAUGAAGCUGAAGCAUGUCGGCGCAGCCCUCGAGCAUGCGCGCAAGGUCUCACCAGAGUCCGACCCCCUGCUGUAG